CAGGCCCACUAGGGGCUGUCGUCGAUCCCGUGUUGGCGCUAGUUGCCGCGGUGAUCACGUUUGACAACAACGACAGCAUAGUCUCCAUGGAAAAGCCGCAAUGAGGAUACACGCGUGGACAACUGCGGCCAGAUCUCCCAGCUUCCACCGCUUCCUGGAUCGCGGUUCCGUCCAUCGCGGUGCGGAAAACCUGAGAAACAAAUGAUUUCGUGUUCAUCUUACUUCUUGCGUACUGGCCAUAGGUGCCAGAGAGCACGUACAGCAGUUUGGGGAUGAUCAGGAUGGAACCUACCCCUAUAAUGGCCCCCAAAACCAGCCCACCUAGGUCGAUCUUCGCGGGAGCAUACGAGGACACCCCGUAACCCUGAAGCAGUCCAAAUACUUUAAGAGAUCCUGGAAGCUUCCUACGUGAACGCGACGUACUAUCUUACCCUCCAUCGUCGUAUUUUGGACUGCCGUUGACGAACACAACCGAAGAUACCAGCAAGACGAUCAGACUUCGCGCGUUGAACAUCAUCUGGAACAGAAGCGGCUUGUGAAAGAUUCGUUGAACUCGUCCAGGCGUUCUGACAGCCCGUGCGAAUGUUGUUGUGGAUUCCACAGCGAGAACAUACAUACCUUGAAGGAACGGGAGAAAGUGACGGUGCCCAAUGGUCGCGUAGACGUCGGAGAAACUGAACGACACGAAGAAGACUUCUGGAAUAUAUAGCCGUUCACCUGGUACACCACCGCCUGCUUCAGCUGGUCACGGAGCCCACCAGCCAUGAGGAUAAUUGGCCACGAGGGCGGCGGGCGGCGCGCGACGCGGUGGUUUCGCUUUCGUUGUCAGAUUUUCAUGGGACGCUAUCACGACUAGAUCAUUGAUGAUCAACGGUUGCAGUCGAAGUCCUUCAGAGGUAAAAUGAUCCAGAAGACUCUCAGAAGACGCAGUGAAAUACAAAUAUGGAGUGAUCUUCCGGGACCAACGAGGGUAAAGAUAGCGGAAAUUUGGAGAGCAGCUAAAAUGGCUCGGAAUGGCUCUCUUUCCGGUGAAAAUGUCGAGCCGUCGAGCAAUUACGAAACGUGUCCAUGCCGCGCACGGAUUCACGAAAUUUCCAGCCGUGACGGUGACCGGCGUAACGAAGCCGACGAUGCGCCAGUAAUUUGACCAGAAAUCGCUCUUGGGUUCGUUAAUUCGGUGACAAUUUCCUGGGUGCCGAGGGUAGGCUGGCCCCCGUACAAAAACUGCUGACAGGAUCAAGGAUUCUUCAUAAGUGCCUCUGUUCUCGUCGGAAAUCGGUCGACGGUUCUUAGAAAAUUGUAAAUAAAAAUCGUAACGGGUAUCCGGAUAUCAAAGAUCGAACGGGGACCAUGAAGACCUUGACGAUACUCGCCGUAAUGACGAUCUGCAUGGUCUCGGGCAUCUCAACGAUAGAGAACAAUGCCGAGACGACGACGAAGUCGACCAAGGCGCAAAAUAAGAUCUAUCAACAUCAUCGCCCGAGCGGAGGAUUGAUUUCCUUCGACCCUGAGGACGAGAACAUUCGCAUGGAUGUUUCCCUAAAUAUACCGUUCAUUACGGUGCCGAUCGAACAAAAAGUCGGUGAACACGGUCAAAUUCCAUCCUUGUUAAACGUCAACACCAAGGGGCUAGGAAUAAUUGGGGUAGUCACCGCCUUGCUCAGCGUGGUCCCGGUUCUGCUCUCGAAGGAACGUCCGCAUACGAGCUAUCGAUCGGAGAACAAUUAUCAGUGGCUGGAAAUGGGGAACACGAUCAACGACAUGAUUUUUGGUAAUAAUUACGUGGCACCGUGUAUGCAACGCGUCGUAUGCUCGAUCGUCUCGGUGGCCGCGCACUCGGAAAGUCCUACCAGCACCGACAAAAUCAUCGACGGAUUAUCCAGUCACAAGUGGUUCAAGAACGUCACCAACGGAACAAUGAUUCAAGAAGCAGUGAAUAUCGGACGAAGGGGCGGCAAAGACUGCGCGUCGGCUUACAGGGGCUGCACGAUCACGCCGACGCUCCUGAAGACUAUGAUGACCGAGCUUGGUAUAGUGUGACGAAAUUGUAACGUACACUCUAUACACUUGUACAGUGUCGAAUCAAAAAGAGACCAUAUUUUUCUAUGAAA